CGACCGUAUAGAUCAUCUGCACUGAUUUUCGACCGUUUUUACAUUCAUUUUCACGGUUUGUGAUUUCUCUAAGGAUUAUUUUUUUGAAAAGCGUUUUUGUUUUUCAGUCAGACAUGGCUACUCACGCUGUACUGCAACGUUUUAAAUGGCGUUUUCUGUCAGUCUCGCUGUGGCCAAGAUGGAUAGUCACUUAUUUGCUCUUCUUCAGUUCAGCGGUAAAUUGCCAAAUUCGUUAUUCAAUACCAGAGGAGAUGAAGAAAGGUUCUUUGAUCGGUAACAUGGCACAAGACCUCGGCUUGGAUCUGAAAAGGCUCCGUUCUGGCCGGGCCCGUAUCGUGACGGGAGAAAACACCCAGUACAUCGAGCUGAAGACAGACAAAGGGACUCUAGUUGUGAAUGACAGAAUCGACAGAGAACAGCUUUGUGGGGACGUGACACCGUGCAGCUUCAGCUUCGAGAUUAUUUUGGAAAAUCCAAUCGAGUUGCAUCGUAUCAUUGUCGAAAUACUGGAUGUUAAUGACCAUUCGCCUGUGUUCCGAAAUAACAACAUACGGAUGGAAAUAAGCGAAUCUGCUGUUGUGGGCUCUCGCUUCGUGUUGGAAAGUGCGGAUGACCCAGAUGUAGGAGUAAAUGGACUUCAAGAUUAUGUUUUAAGCACAAGCGACAAUUUUGUGCUGAAACAGCAUGCCAACCCAGACGGCAGUAAAUUUGCAGAAAUUAUCCUGCAGAAACCUUUAGACAGAGAGGAGCAACCUCGCCUCUCAUUUAAGCUGAUAGCUGUUGAUGGUGGAACACCACAUAGAUCUGGUACAGUAAAUAUUGAUAUUACUGUGUUAGAUGCAAACGAUAACCCUCCCGUAUUCAACCAGACGGUGUACAGAGCUACUGUCUUAGAAAAUUCAAAAUCAGGCUCUCACGUAAUAACCGUAAAUGCCACAGAUGCUGACAGUGGAUCAAACGGGGAGGUGAGUUACGCAUUUUCUAAUUUAAAGGGAAAUUUGGCUGAUAAAUUUAAAAUUGACAAGACCACUGGUACAAUAACGGUUUCUGGACAAAUAGAUUUUGAAAAGGACAAAAAACAUGAAAUAAGAGUUGAAGCAAAAGAUCAAGGAGGGUUGACCGAUCUUAGUAAAGUAAUAAUUGAUAUUGUCGAUGUUAAUGAUAAUGCACCGGUGAUUAACGUCAUGUCUUUUACUAGUCCUCUGUCUGAGGAUGCUCCUUUUGGGUCGACUGUCGCAGUGUUUAAUGCUAAAGACGCGGACUCAGAGAGCAACGGACAGAUAAUGUGUACAGUAGAUAAGAGUUUACCAUUUAAAAUUAUAUCAUCCUUGAGUAAUUACUACUCACUCGUUUCAGAUUCAGCUUUUGACCGUGAAAAAACGCCAGAAUACAACAUUACCAUAACCGCCACAGACUCAGGGUCCCCGCCUCUCUCCAGUGCCAUAAAGUUGCACCUUAUUCUUUCUGACAUUAAUGACAACCCCCCCUUAUUUGAUAACUUAAUAUACAAUGCUGUCAUUACAGAAAAUAAUUCACCAGGGAUUUCAAUAAUCACUGUUAACGCACUGGACUCUGACUCGAACCAAAAUGCGAGAAUUUCAUAUAUCUUAGAAAACACACAAGUUGGUGGUUUCCCAGUCUCCACUUACGUGUCCUUAAACUCUGACACUGGCAUUAUUAGCGCUGUUCGUUCUUUUGAUUAUGAGCAGAUCAAACAGCUUCAGCUGGUAGUCAACGCGCAGGAUGGAGGCUCCCCACCACUCAGUAGCAACGUGACAGUGAAAAUAGUGAUCCAGGACCAGAACGACAACCCCCCUCAGGUCCUGUACCCAGUCCAGACUGGUGGAUCAGUGGUGGCUGAGAUGGUGCCUCGUGCAGCAGAUGUGGGCUAUCUGGUGACUAAAGUGGUGGCUGUUGAUGUGGACUCUGGACAGAAUGCCUGGCUCUCGUAUAAACUGCAGAAAGCCACAGACAGGGCGCUGUUUGAAGUGGGCUUACAGAAUGGAGAAAUCAGAACUAUCCGUCAAGUGAAUGAUAAAGAUGCUGUGAAACAAAGACUGACUGUUAUAGUGGAGGACAACGGGCAGCCGUCUCGUUCAGCUGCAGUCAUUGUUAACGUGGCGGUGGCGGACAGCUUCCCUGAAGUGCUGUCUGAGUUCACUGACUUUACACACGACAAGGAGUACAAUGACAACCUGACUUUUUACUUAGUGCUGGCUUUGGCUGUAGUGUCUUUCCUCUUCAUCACGUGUGUAGUGGUUAUUAUAUCAGUGAAAAUCUACAGAUGGAGACAGUCGCGCACCCUGUUUCACUCCAACCUCCCUGUGAUUCCAUAUUAUCCACCACGUUACUCAGACACUUUGGGCACAGGGACUCUCCAGCACGUGUACAAUUACGAGGUGUGCAGGACGACUGACUCCAGAAAGAGUGACUGUAAGUUCGGCAGAGCUGGUAGUCAGAACGUGCUGAUAAUGGACCCCAGUUCUACAGGGACCAUGCAGCGGAUACAGAGUGAGAAGAGCAUCCUGGAUGAACCAGAUUCUCCUCUAGAGGUUAGUUUAUUCAAAUAA